AUGGAGGCGAAGCAGAUGAGGUUUCUUACUCACCAAGCUUUCUUCUCUUCCGUUCGAUCAGGAGACAUCAAUCAGCUUGAAAAAUUAGUCGAGAAGUUAACCGGAGACGAGCUAAUCGAUGAGUCAUCGCCGUCGUCUGCGGUGGCUGAGCUCAUGUCUAUUCAAAACGACGCCGGAGAAACCGCUUUGUAUAUCGCCGCCGCAGAGAAUCUAGAAGAGAUUUUCAGUUACUUGAUUAGGUUUUGUAGUUUGGAAACAGUGAAGAUCAGAUCCAAAUCCGACAUGAACGCUUUUCACGUCGCCUCCAAACGAGGUCACUUGGGAAUUGUGAAGGAGCUACUUUGUCUAUGGCCUGAGCUAUGUAGAAUCUGUGAUGCUUCCAACACGAGUCCGCUUUACGCAGCUGCGGUUAAAGAUCAUUUAGAGAUAGUUAACGCGAUGCUCGAUGUUGAUCCGAGCUGUGCAAUGAUCGUUAGAAAGAACGGGAAAACGUCGCUGCACACAGCGGGAAGGUACGGGCUUCUUCGGAUAGUGAGAGCUCUGAUAGAGAAAGAUGCAGCGAUUGUCGGUAUCAAAGAUAAGAAAGGUCAGACUGCUCUUCACAUGGCUGUUAAAGGGCAAAGCGUGGAAGUAGUUGAAGAGAUUUUGCAGGCUGAUUACGCAAUAUUGAAUGAGAGAGAUCGAAAAGGGAAUACUGCUUUGCAUAUCGCUACUCGAAAGGCGCGGCCACAGAUAACGAGCUUGUUGCUGUCUUUUACGGCGAUUGAAGUGAAUGCGGUUAACAACCAGAAAGAAACCGCAAUGGAUUUGGCGGAUAAGCUGCAAUAUAGCGAAUCCGCUUUGGAGAUCAAUGAGGCUUUAGUAGAAGCCGGGGCUAAACACGGGAGGUACAUUGGUCGGGAAGACGAGGCGAGGGCGUUGAAAAGAGCAGUAAGCGAUAUCAAACACGAGGUGCAAUCGCAGCUUCGACAGAAUGAGAAAACCAACCGCCGUGUCUCAGGGAUCGCCAAAGAACUUAGAAAACUCCACAGAGAAGCGGUUCAAAACACAACUAAUUCGAUAACAGUCGUGGCCGUUCUGUUUGCGUCCAUUGCGUUCUUGGCGAUAUUCAACUUGCCUGGUCAGUAUUUCACAGACGGGUCACGCGCAGGGAAAGCAGAGAUCGCGGGAAGAACGGGAUUCCGCGUGUUCUGUCUUUUAAACGCGACAUCGCUGUUUAUAUCGCUAGCGGUUGUGGUGGUUCAGAUAACGCUGGUUGCGUGGGACACAAGGGCGCAGAAGAAAGUUGUAUCAGUGGUGAAUAAGCUAAUGUGGGCAGCUUGUGCUUGUACGUUUGGAGCGUUUUUGGCGAUUGCGUUCACAGUUGUUGGAAAAGGGAAUUCGUGGAUGGCGAUUACCGUAACGCUGCUUGGAGCGCCGAUAUUGGUCGGGACAUUAGCGAGUAUGUGUUAUUUCGUGUUUCGGCAGCGUUUUAGAAGCGGCGAUUCGCAGAGACGGAUUAGGAGAGGGAGUGGGAGUAAAUCGUUUUCGUGGUCUUACUCUGCUCAUGUUUCGGACUUUGAAGAUGAAUCAGAUUUCGAAAAGAUUAUCGCUCUUUGA